AUGGUCCGAAUCGGUGAUCGAGUUCGCGUCGAUGACCAUCUCGCUGUGGUACGGUAUAUUGGAAACGUUGAUGGGUAUGGUGAUCAGAUUUGGUUGGGAUUGGAAUGGAAGGAUCCGAAGAGAGGAAGGCACGAUGGAUGUGUGAAAGGGCGACGAUAUUUUCAGACGAGACAUCCGACGGGCGGCUCGUUGACGAAAAUCGAGAACGUCCAAUUGCCUUGUGAUUUGCUUGCCGAGAUCAAAUCGCGAUAUAUUGAGAGCGAUGAUGGUGUUCAGGAUCAGAUCGAUCUCGCGCAAACCACCAAAAAAAUCGAGCUUGUCGGCAUGCGAAAAACGGCGACGCAACAGGCGAACAUCGAGAAGCUCGUGAAUAUCGUGCUCGACAAUCGAAGUGUCGGCGAAGCGCCGCCGAACGACGCGCCGAUGUUUCGGCAAUGCAAAGAAUUGAACCUCUACGCCAAUUUGGUGUACAAAUGGCACACCGUCAAACAUAUGCUGAAAUUUUUUCCCAAAAUUCAAGAAUUGAAUUUAAGAAGGAACUGGAUGAUUGACAUCGAUGAGGAUCGCGAGCUUGUCAUGGAAGAGCAGACGUUUGGCGUUGCGCCAUUUUCGGAGACGUGCACCAAAUUGAUACUCAGCGAAUGCGAUAUGAAGGCGUCGUCAAACAUCGACGCGGUGUUGCGGCGAUUUCCCGCGUGCGUCGAACUCGUCGCGUUCGGAAACGAGCUCGCCGAAUUUGGUCUCGAUGCCGCGCAGGCCGCCCGACUCACGUGCCUCGAUUUGCAGGGCAACCCGUUGCGCAGUUUGUCGGCGAUUAAAGGCAUUUACGCGAACGUGCGUUGUCUGAAUGUGGCGAAAUGCGAAAUACGGCGAAUCGGCGAUUUUUCGGAGGCGUUUCCGAAUUUGGAGUUUUUGAAUUUGCGUGAGAAUUUGAUCGCAGAGUGGAACAGCGUCAAUUCACUACAGAAAUUGAAUAAAUUGAAAAAUUUGCUCAUCGAUCAUCGAAAUUUCAAAUUGGCGCCGGGUAUUAACGCAUUCGAGGUUUUUAUAGCGAAAUUGCCGAAUUUGAUGGAUUUCAAUCGGUUCGAUGUGUCGGAAGUUGAGCGACGAUCGGCCGAAAUUCGAUUUUUGAACAAUUAUUUUGGAAUUAAAGACGAGGAGUUGAGGAAUGAGCAUUUGCAUGAUAUUCAAAGGCUUGUCAAAAUUUACGGCGAGCCGACGGUUGACGCGACCACCAAAGGAUUGAAAGUUGUGAAAUUGCGAAUUGAGUACGGAAAUCGUGUUGAGACCCGAAAUUUGCCGCUGGCAAUGAAUGUGCAAAAAGUGAAGGAUAUGGCCAAAAAAAAACAACAAAUUUUGCGAUUUCAGCUGUCUCGACUAUUCAAAAUUGGCAAUUCGCAAGACAUCGCGAUUUAUUUGGUGAUGUGCGAGAAUCAUAAGCAGCAUCGAAUCGAGCUCGACAACCCGUUGCGAGAGCUCGGCCACUAUUCGCCGAGCGAGGAGCGCGACAUUCUCGUCAUCGAGCAUAAAUCGUGA